UGGACCUCACUGCUCUACUAAAUAAAGUGUGUACCAAAUACACACAGAGAAUGCGCCCACAAUAUACGUUUCACAGCGUGGCAUUGGGCGGGAAGGCAGGACAGGGCUGCGUGUGAGAGGAAAAGUUUUGCCGAAAGUCGUGAGAGGGCUGUACGGUCCCCCAGAGCUGACAGCACAGGAGAGACUGUGUCCUUGAGAAGUGAUUCCCCCACCCCCCCUCGUGUCCUGCUCACUGGAGACAGGGCAGGGGGCUGUUCCCACUGCAGCCUCGGUCUCCCUGUGUCCUUCUGCGGAAAUGACACACACGGAGUCCCGUCACGUCACGCGAGAGCGCACGGACACGCAGCACACAAAGACACGCCGGGGGGAAGCAGUGGUGAAAGGACCCGAGCAAGAGCCGAGGCAACCCCCGCCACAGCGCGCCUCACAGUCCACACCACACACAUUAGCGCAUCAAAGGCAAAGUGGUCUCCAUGUGAGGAAAAGUAAAAAGGAAAAUGAAUUCAGUUCAAUUCCGAGAUGACGACGAUGAUGAUGAUACUGAAGUCAAAUUUGUAAAAGUGGAAUCAUCGGGUGAAGAGGAUCGACUGGUUUGUUCCCGUUCCAUUUCUGUAAGAAAGCUAAUUCCAGAAUCUACCCUUAAUUGUCAGACCAGUAAAAGGAAGCAAGCCCAUAGCACAUCUGAAACUUCAAGCAAUGAUGCCGAAAUUUUUACAGUUUUCAAGAAAAGACGACUUGCUCCAGAGAGUCUACUCUCAAGCAUGAAAAACAGAGAGUCUGAACCUAUAAACCUGGAGUUAAGAAAAAAUUCUGAGCUCAAUAAUACUUUUCCAGAUGAAGAUGAAAUUUUCAGUGAAUUUGCCUUGUCUCAUAAGAAACCUUUAUAUGGGAUUUCACAUAAAAUCACAGAGAAAAGAAAUCCUAUUACAUCGGAUCUCGUGUUAUCGAAUGACCUUUAUGAAAGAGGAAAUCAGGUCAACACUUCAAAUAUUCGUAUGUUUACUGACCUGCGUAAACGAGAUUCUAGCAGCAAUGGCAUGAGUUCCCAAACUAGUGAUGACUCAAACAUAUCCUCUUUAAUACAAAAAAUGUUUUUCACCCUCAACACACUGAACUCCAAUAUGACACAGCUCCACAGCAAAGUUGACCUCUUGUCUCUUGAGGUAAAUCGAAUAAAGAAAAAAGUGAGCCCCCAUGAAAUGGUGGCCGAAUUCCACCCACCGCCUGAAUAUCAGCUAACUAGCACCGAGCUUAAGCAAGUCAUGGACCAAAGUUCCUCAGCAGGUGAUCUGGCAUGUCGAUUAUUAGUUCAGCUGUUUCCAGAGCUCUUUGGAAGUAAUGCAUUGCCUAGAAGCUGUAGCACUUGUGGAUUCUUCAGUAAAACUAAACUUGAGUCUCUUCAUCUCCAGCUUAUAAGAAACUAUGUUGAAGCAUGCUAUCCUUCUGUCAAGAACAAUACUGUUUGGCAAAUUGAUGUCUUGCCUCACAUAAAUGACUUCUUCAAUCGAUUUUGGGCUGAAAGAGAAAUGGAGAGCACCCACAGUGGAAUGCAGACCUCAAGCUAUUUUGAAAGUGUGCCAAGUCAGAAUGCCCACUUUGUUGAAAAUAAGGAACAGGAGGACAUUGGCAGUUUAGAAAAGGCCAAUCCCCUUGUCUCUGAGAAUGUAAUCAAUUCACAAGACCUAAAUGAAUAUUUAGAAGAGGCUUCAUCCCCAGGUGAAUUCUCAGUAUUUUUGCUUCAUCGAUUAUUUCCUGAAAUAUUUAAUCAAAAAAAAAGUGGAGACAGGUAUUUUGGAGAUCUUGAAGGUUUUACUCUAGAUCCACAUCGGUUACAACUGAUUCGCCAGUAUACAGAGAUCUACUUUCCAGAAGUGCAAGAAGAAGAAGUUUGGCUGCAACAAUGUAUACAUAGAAUAAAUGAUGAGCUGGAAAGCAUGUUUAUAGAUGGCAGUGAGUGUGAUGAUUCUAGGGAUGACUGCUUCGAGUCAAACUUGCCUGAUGAUUUGACUAUUGUAAAAGUAGAAGAUGGGGCAGAUACUGAAAAACCAGGAAGGAGAUCUAAAAAAAUAUGGCUUGUUCCAUUUGACUUUGAUAAGGUUGACAUUCCCCUACCAGAUUUUGAGGUUCCUUUUCCACAAUUUCUACUUAGCAAAGAGCAAAUAAAAAAUAUAUAUGAGACUAGUUUGUCAAUUGGUAAUUUUGCUUCAAGGCUUCUUGUUCAUUUGUUCCCUGAGCUGUUCACUCAUGAGAACUUAAGAAAACAAUAUAACUGCAGUGGAUCACUAGGAAAGAAACAGCUUGAUCCUGUUCGCAUAAAACUUAUCCGACAUUAUGUGCAAAUUCUUUAUCCCAGGGCAAAGAAUGACAGAGUUUGGACUCUGGAAUUUGUAGGAAAGCUGGAUGAGAGGUGUCGCAGAAGGGAUACUGAACAAAGGAGAUCUUACCAGCAGCAGCGGAGGGUCUAUGUUCCAAUGCCUGAGAGGCGAGACCUUGCUUCUUUUGACAUGAACACUGAAAGAUACAGAGAUCUGAUUGAAGGGCCACCUCUCCCUCCUGAACGUAGCACAAAGGACUUCUGCAAAAUACCACUAGAUAAGAUUGUAGUUCCACCUCCAGACUUCCCUGUGCCUUCAGUGUAUCUUUUAAGUGAUAAAGAAAUUAGAGACAUUGUUCAGCAAAGCCUUUCGGUUGGAAAUUUUGCUGCAAGACUAUUGGUAAGACUUUUUCCAGAGUUAUUUACCCAUGAAAAUUUAAGACUUCAAUAUAACCACUCAGGUGCUUGCAAUAAGAAGCAGCUCGAUCCAGUAAGACUGAGACUAAUUCGACAGUAUGUGGAGGCAGUGUAUCCCGUAGACAAGAUGGAGGAAGUAUGGCAUUAUGAAUGUAUUCCUAGUAUUGAUGAAAGGUGUCGGCGUCCAAACAGAAAAAAAUGUGAUAUACUUAAAAAAGCUACAAAAAAACAAAUGAACAACUGCUGAAAAAACUGUUAGUAAGAUAUUCUAAUUGUUUUUCUUAGAGAUUUUUAUAGUGCUGCUUUAACAUGUUUGUCUUCUUCUGAAUAUUACAGGUGUAGGACAAUGUUGUUAGUAUUUUUCCAGAAUGUGAGAACGACUGCAUAUUUGCACUCCAUUUUCGAUACAUUUUUUUUCUUUUUGUCUUUUUUUACCCUGUUGAGCUCCUUGGUUUUGUUAUAUUUUGUAUUUUUUGUUUCCAGUUUUUGAAGCAUCUGCAACAUCACACAUUUUUAAGUCCCUAUGGUAUUAAUUGGUUUACUAGUAUUUGAUUGAUAAGCUACACACAUUCUACACAUGAAAACAUUGUAUGAACUUUGUGUACGGUCUUAUAUUGCAUACAUUACUUUUAGAAUUUUUUUUAAUUAUAUGUGCUAGAAAUACUAUAUUUUAUUACAAAUAUAUGUUACGUUUCAAAAUUAAAGUUGAAAAACAUAUUUUUAAUAUGUAACAACAAAGUGUCUUUUCAAAGCCCUAAAUGUGGGCUUUUUAGGUGUACGUUUGACACGUCGGAUUAGAUUUCUUCCUCUACUAUACAUUGUGUAGAAGAUGUUUUAUUUGGUAUAAAGAGUGGAUAUUAGUAGAUAAUGCUAAGUAUUUGUUUACACAAGCAUAUUUCAGGUCUGCAUUGCCUUAUUUAAGUUUUCAACAAAAUCUUCAAUUAGUAAGGCCUAGUAGGAAAUUCCAUAGGCCCAGAACAAGAGUAAAGCCUAAAAGAAGAAGUAUAUUUAAUGAUCUAUUUAUAUACCUAUAUUUUUUUAAAUCAAUUUCCAUUGUAAAUUCAGGAAAAGUGUGAACUUUGAGCCAAUUUGGAAAACUACCAUGAGCUCCAGGAAAGGUAUCCUAAACAGCCAUCCAACAAUGUCUGCAGCUCAUACAGCAAUAACAGCUGACAGGUUCCCUCAAUAUUACAAUGGGCAGAGCCACACAUGUCCAUAAAUUCCUCCUCUCUAAAGUGCCAUAUGGGAGCAGGUAAUUUUAAAAUAUUAUAGGUAUAUAUUUUCAGUUUAAAAUCUCAGAUUGAAGUACCCUUUUGGUGUUUUUGUGGUCUUUGGGAGCGGUGCAGUCUGAACAUUUGGUACUUAUACAAGAAAUGGUUCUGCAUCCCUAGUGGAAUGUGAAUGUUUUGCAUUCACUUCCAGGCAGUGGAAGAGAGAGGUGGUAUCUGGUAACUAUAAAGGAAAGUACACUAAGCGAUUGUCUGAGUUAGUGAUUGCGUGUCUGUAUACAAGAAGUGUACAAGUGAGUGUAAGUAUAAAAGUGAGAGGGACUUAAAAUUAAGGGAAUACUGUAGGAAGUAUUGUGAGCAUUGAGUGCAUUUCUGUGUUUUUUCUCUUUCUCUGUCUGGGAGGAAUACAGGUGGAGAGAGGGUGGAGUAGUUAAACAAUUAUCAGCUGAUAAAUUGCAGCUGUUUGCAGCCAGCUAGCCCUUUGCAUUCACUUCCAGACAGUGGAAGAGAGAGGGGGUGUCUGGUAACUAUAAAAGAAAGUAUACUAAGCGAUUGUGUGAGCUAGUGAUUGUGUGUCUGUAUACAAGAGUGUAAAUAUAAAAGUGAGAGGGACUUAAAAUUAAGGGACUUUAAAUUCAGGGAGUUUAAUUGAAAUAUUUGAUUGUUUGUUUGUUUUUUAUGUUAAUUUUUGCAAUCCCCAAAUCUAAUAUGGCAUCCUUGUUGGAAAAAGCAGUCCAAUGUGCAUCUUGCACAAUGUAUGCAAGCCUUAAAUAGCAGUUUGAGGGUGCAUAUAGUUGUGCGAGAUGUGUGCGAGUUGUUAAUUUGGAAGCCCAGAUCCUGGAUCUAGAGGAGCAACUGGCAACACUGAGAUGCAUUGACAACUUGGAGAGGAAUUUCCUGCUCACUGAGCAAGUACUCUCUGGGGUAGAGGUGGGGAGGGUAGUGGGACGGGGGUGCAGGACAGUCAGGCAGCUAGCUGGGUUACAGUUAGAAAACGGGGUAGAGAGAAGAGUGUCAGGGAGGCUAGUCCUGAUCUGGCACACCCCAACAAGUUUGCCCGGUUGGCAGAUGAGGGGGAUUCCAUUUCAGAGCUAGCAGUAUUGCAGCAGGACACUGCCUCUGACCGCCAGGGUGGUGUCUGCUCCAGUAAAGAGGGAGGAGUGCAGGGCAGACAGGUACUGGUAGUGGGGUACUCAAUUAUUAGGGGGACAGACAGGGCGAUCUGUCACAAAGACCAGGAUCGCUGAACAGUGUGUUGUCUUCCUGGCGCUCGAGUAUGGCACAUCACGAAUCGGGUUGACAGGUUGCUGGGUGGGGCUGGAGAGGACCCAGCAGUCAUGGUACAUAUUGGCACCAUAUCCCCUUUGGCGUACCCCUUUAAAUAUCCUGAUAUAAACUGGGAGACUGAGACCUGUGAAUCUCAUAAAGGAAACAGGUUUCUGACUAUAACUAAAGGCAAUUAUCUGUCUCAAAUGGUGCAGGGCCCGACCAGAGGGGGGCGCCCUACUAGACUUAAUAUUAACCAACAGACCUGACAGAGUAACUAAUGUGCAAGUAGGAGGGCACCUAGGAAAUAGUGAUCAUAAUAUAAUACAUUAUAACUUGUUCUUCAAUAAGGGAAUCUCUCGAGGGGCCACAAAAACAAUGAACUUUAGGAAGGCAAAGUUUGAUCAACUCAGAAAAGCCCUUAACAAUAUAAAAUGGGAUAAUGUCCUCAAAAAAAAAGAAUACUGACACUAUAUAAGAGACUUUUAAAAAUAUCUUAAAGGGGUACUCCAGUGGAAAACCUUUUUUUUUUUUUUUU